UAUUGAAGGAAUUGUAAACAAAAACAAAAAGGAACAAAGUUAAUAUUGAUAAAAAGAAGUUCGGAAGGGAAACGGACAGAGGCGUUAUUAUUCUCGAAAAUAUAUUCAAAAUGUCAACUAAUUUUCGUUAUGCUGUUGUGAAAACUAUAAGACCUUACGUGAAAUAUUUCCCUCAAUUAACAAAACCAGUGAUGAGGGUUCUGAUUCAAGUCUCAGUCCACUACAUUGAGAGCAGCAAGUGUUCCCCCGAAGUGCUGGAUUUAGCGUUAAAUAAACUAACACAUGCUGGCCAUAACAUACCCGACAACUUUUGUGAACUUUUUGCAGCCGUAUUACAAAUUAUGCAAAUAUUUUUACGCACACCCAAAGGCACUGUAAAACCGGAAGAAUUGAGAGACUGUUUAAAGGAGGAUCUUAGAUUUAGUGACGAAUGUAUAGAGGACUUAACAAAAGUUUUACACAAUCACCGUUUUUCGCUAACAAAGAAUUUUGUGGAGGCUAAAAUGUUACGUUCCUGUGCCAAAAACUUGCAAUGGCGCAUCAAUAUAUCAUUACAUCAACGUCUGUCGCGUGGUCCUUCGGCUGUCGCACCAACAAUAAUUUUGCACUUUCAAUUGUCAGAUGGACGCUACCGCACUCUGGAACUACCAAUGUCUAUGUUUCAUCGCUUACGUUACAACGUUGCUGUUUUACUAAGCGAAAUCCAAGCUCUCGAACAACGUGCAGUAAUGAAGAAAUUCUAAGACUUUUCCAUUUUCAGCUUAUUAUCGAUUACUUAUUAUUUAAUAAGUAUGUUUGUAUCUCACUCAGUAAUAUGUAGUUGUGUUAUCAUUAUAUAUGGAUUCAUAUCGUUAUCUAAAAUGUAAAAUGUCUCAACUAACAUUUCAAUACUUUUACCAAAGAUACACGAUCUCGAGCAUCUCGUAAUAUUAUUGAAAUGUAUGUUAAGUUUUUAUGUUAUUUAGAUUACGAUAAUCUCAUAUGGCUAAAAAUAAAUGUAUCAAAUAUUUGUUUAGGUUUAUAGAUGUACAUUAAACCUGCAUUAUCUAGGAUAGUAACAAUAAUAAUACGAAAUUUUGGAACAAAUUUAUUAAGGGAAAUUUAUACCGAAGUCGACAAAAAAUUUAAAAUUUUAACAAAAUCUUUACGACUGAAAAAAUGUUUCAUUCUGCAUAACAUUUUAUUUUAAUUGUAAACGAUAGAUAUAAUAAAUUAUUUGACCAUACUAUUUCAGAA